GUUUAAUUAUUUUUCAAAUCAUUAAUUUGCAGUUUUAGGUCGAACCUAACCACACUUAUGUGUGCCAUGGCGUUUUCACUAAGAUUACACAGUUUAUCAAGGAACUUAUUUUCAAAUUUCAAACAGUCUGGUCGAAAACAUUCCCAUGUCCGUAUAGUAGAGGUGGGCCCUAGAGACGGUUUACAAAACGAAUCUGUUCACGUGCCAACUGACAUAAAAAUUCAGUUCAUAAAUAAGCUUACUGAAACAGGACUAAAAACCAUUGAAGUUACCAGUUUUGUAAGUCCGAAAUGGGUGCCUCAAAUGGGGGACAAUGCAGAGGUCUACACAAAAAUUACAAAAAAAGAAGGCAUAUCUCACACAGUUUUAGUGCCUAACAUUAAAGGGAUGAAAUCUGCAUUGAAAGCUGGAGUCAAAGAAAUAGCUGUGUUUGCAUCAGCUUCCGAGGGAUUUUCAAGAAAAAAUACAAACUGCUCAACCCAAGAAGCUUUGAACAGAAUAAGAGAUGUUAUUGAAAUGGCAAAGUCUGCUGAUAUCAAAGUUCGAGGUUAUGUAUCGUGUGUAGUAGGGUGCCCCUAUGAUGGAGAUGUUCAUCCAUCAUUAGUUACUAAAGUUGCAGAAGCGCUCCUCUCUUAUGGUUGCUAUGAGAUAUCCCUUGGAGACACAAUAGGUGUGGGUACAAAGACAACUGUUGAAAAGAUGUUAAAGGACGUACUGAAGAUAACCAGUCCUGAUAAGUUAGCUCUUCACUGCCAUGACACCUACGGUCAAGCUCUAGUUAAUAUCUGCAGUGCUCUUGAACUUGGAAUCAGAGUUGUAGACUCCGCAGUAUCUGGUUUAGGUGGCUGCCCUUAUGCUAAAGGAGCCACUGGUAAUGUCGCUACAGAAGAUCUUUUGUAUAUGUUGCAUGGGAUGGGUAUGGAAACAGGAGUGGAUCUGAAAAAGGUUAUCAGUGUUGGAAGGUUUAUCAGUGAUUUCAUUAAAAAAGAUUCAGGAUCGAAAGUAAAUAAUGCCCUGUAUUCUAAAUAUUUCUAUGAAGUCAAUACUCAAAUCUGAUCAAUCUGCUUGGAUAAUAGUUUUGAGUAGACACUGUAUUGUGAAAAAUAACUUGUCAGGUACAAUUUUUUGAAGACAAUAUUUUUUAUGACUGAAUAAUAGUUUUACAUUUCUUCAAUCCAAUCAAUUAUUCCUUCAUAUCUAAGGAUUAUCUUUAAUUUUGUCAUUUUCAGUACAUUUUUUAAAACAAUAUUUAUCUCUU